AUGGAACUCAUCGAGAUUGACUCAGAGUACAAGGCGCAAUUCAAGUGCCAAACCUGUUACUGCUCUUACAAGACGGUGGAACUGAAUGAGCAUUCUAUGAAGCAGAAAUUUUCCAACACAUUCAAGCAUGCAAAGGGCAAUGACGAGCACUUUAGACUUUUGCUGCGUAAGGGUGUUUACCCCUACGAAUACAUGGAUGCGUGGGAGCGUUUUGAAGAGACAGCACUUCCUCCAAAAGCACAAUUUCACAGCAGCUUGAACCUUGAACACAUCACCGAAAACGACUACAAGCAUGCUCAAAAGGUGUGGAAGGCUCUCAACAUCAAAAACCUUGGAGAUUACCACGAUCUCCACGUGAUGAGCGACACGCUUCUUUUAGCAGACGUUUUUGAAAAUUUUCGAGACACUUGUCAGAACAUCUACGAGCUUGAUCCAGCGUAUUUUUACACUGCUCCAGGCCUCGCAUGGCAAGCAGCUCUAAAAGUGACGGGUCAAGCGCUCGAGCUUCUCUCAGACAUCGACAUGCUACUGAUGGUUGAAAAGGGAUUCAGAGGUGGUAUUUGCCAAGCAAUCAAGCGCCAUGCUAAGGCGAACAAUCCGUACAUGGGGGAAUUGUUUGAUGUCAAUCUGUUGAUCUCGUAUCUGCUGUACAUCGAUGCCAACAAUGUGUACGGAGGUGCCAUGUCGCAAAAGCUGCCAACACACGGCUUUAAAUGGCGUGAAGACCCCGAAAAUUUUACUCAAGCUUAUAUAGAAAAUUAUAAAAAUGGAGAUGAUGGCUAUUUUCUUGAAGUGGAUGUCCACUACCCGAAAAAGCUGCACAAACUCCACAACGACCUUCCAUUCUUGCCUGAAAAGAUGCGUCUGAACAACGACUGUGAAAAGUUCACGUUCAAUGUGUUUGACAAUGAAAAAUACGUGCUGCACAUUCGCACAUUGCAGCAGGCACUGCAGCAUGGAUUGGUUCUCACCAAGGUGCACCGAGUCAUUGAGUUCAAGCAAAGUGCUUGGGUGAAACCCUACAUUGACAUGAACACAAAGCUGCGAAAGGAUGCCAAAAAUGACUUUGAGAAAGACUUUUUUAAGCUGAUGAAUAAUAGCGUGUUUGGCAAGACCAUGGAGAACGUUCGCAAGCACCGUGACAUCAAACUGGUGACAACGGAAUGGAGGCGCAAGAAGCUCGCAUCAGCUCCAAACUAUCACAGCACAUCAAGAUUUGACAAGAAAUUUGUGGCAAUGGAAAUGAACAAAGUGAAGGUCGUCAUGAACAAACCUGUCUACCUCGGCCUCUCCAUCUUGGACUUGAGCAAACUCACGAUGUAUGAGUUUCACUGCGACUACAUCAAGGCGAAGUUUGGUGCAAGCGCAGAGCUUUGCUACAUGGACACAGAUAGUUUCGUCUACCACAUCAAAAAAGACGAUGUCUAUAAAGAUAUUGCAGGUGACGUUGAAUCAAGGUUUGACACAUCGAAUUACAGUCCCGAAGACAAACGUCCCUUGGCUAUUGGCAAAAAAAAGAAAAAAUUGUGA